UGUCGUCUGCCAAAUGAUCAUGUUUACUAGACGCUUUUUGAAAGAAGAGUGGCAAGGAACAAGAUAAGGAAAAAAAAUCACCCAGCUUCACUUCUUAAAUUUAAGUCACAAAAGGUUCAGCAGAUAUUAGGAUAAUAUUGGGAAGAAGUACAAUGGAAAACCAAGGAUUUGAAAGUGAUAUUUCUACAGGAGCGGAAAAUGAAAGAUGCGAAAAAGGCGUCCGUGAAACAACAGAAAAUGAAGAAAGUGACAUCCAAACAGCAGACGAGAAAGGAGAAAUAGAAAGCGACAUUUCUUCCGCAAUACAAAAUGAAAGAAAUGGAAAAGCCAUUCCUAAAACAAUAGAGGAUGGGGUGUAUGAAAUCGACAUUCCAAAUAGAGACGAGAAACAAGGAUUAGAUAGUGACGCUCAUUCAGUAGCAGAAAAUAAAACAUAUGAAAAAGAUAUUGCUAGAUCAUUAGAGAAUGGAGAAUUAAAAAGUGGCAUUUCUUCCGCAGCAGAAAAUGAAGGAUAUAUAAAAGAUAAACAGAAACUAUUAGAGAAUGGAAGAUACGAAAGUGCCAAUCCGCAAGCAGUGCAGAACGAGGGAUUUGAAGUUGACGAUACUUUUAUGGAUAAAAUUGACAAAAUUAAUAGGGACCUUCCUGUUGCAAAUGGAUUGAUAUUAGAUACACAUGAUAAGCGACUUAGUGAGAAAGACGAAGAGAAUGCGGAAAAGGAAAAAGAAUGCAAGGCGGCCAAUGGCACAGCAGUAAAUCCAAUGGCAAAAACAGAAGUGAGUCCUGCUAAACUCGAAACAGGACAAGCUGAGGAUGAGGUUAACAACUUGCUGGUGAAGCCGGAAGCCAACGGUCAUCCAAAGGUUCUGGUAGAACGUACAUUAUUCUCACAGAAACAUUUUGAUGAGAAUUUUGAGGCAGGAAGUCGGCCAUCACCGACAGUAAAACAGGUUAUUCGUAAAAAACUGUCAAAAUGCAAGUGCUCCGGUGUGUGCCUCAAGAGAUUUAUUUACUCGCUGUUCCCAUUUAUAAACAUCAUGAAGAACUACAAUAUCAGGGAGGAUAUAACCGGCGACAUUGUGUCAGGACUGACAGUCGGAAUUAUGCAUAUACCUCAAGGUAUGGCCUAUGGUAUGUUGACGACACUGCCUCCAGUCUAUGGCUUGUACAUGUCGUUCUUCCCUGUGCUUCUCUACUUCUUCUUUGGAUCCAGCAAACAUGUCUCUAUGGGUACAUUUGCUGUUGCAUGUUUGAUGAUUGGGUCUGCUGUUUCCAAGGGUAUGGACAGUCUGCCUGGAAUUAUAACAACAACGGGACUGGUUUCUUCUGUGUCAGAAAACCAGACAUUAACAGUGAACCAGACUGCUAGGAAUUUUACAGAGAACCAGACUGAAACAACAACAACAAAAAUGUCUGCAGCAGACGACAUAUCUGGAAUGUCACCAGAGGAACUUGAUCUCAGACUGCAGUUUGCUAUGUCAGUAACAUUCAUGGUAGGAGCUAUUCAGCUUAUAAUGGGUCUGUUCCGGCUAGGAUUCAUCACAGUGUACUUGUCGGAUCCACUAAUCAGUGGUUUUACAACUGGGGCAGCAUGUCAUGUCUUCACCAGUCAGAUAAAACAUGUGUUUGGUGUUCAAACAGCCAGAUACAGUGGUGUAUUUAAACUUGUCUAUACGUAUCGUGACUUCUUCACGAAUAUAGAAUCUACAAAUAUAGUAACGUUACUGCUGUCUGUCGUUUGUGUAGCUGUGUUGUAUUGUACAUCAAGAUUUAUCAACCAGAAUCCAAAACUGAAACCUAAAAUGUUUAUGCCUGUACCUAUUGAAUUAAUUGUGGUAGUGCUAGGAACAGUGAUCUCCUAUGCACUUAACUUAGAAAAUACACAUGAUGUUGUUGUAGUCUCCGAUAUUCCUACAGGGUUACCAGUACCAAAUACAAAAUGCUUUACUCGUAUUUCUUCGGUAAUCUCAGAUGCUAUAGCAUUAGCUAUUGUGAUAUUUGCAAUCUCUAUCUCCAUGGGCAAACUGCUGGCAAAGAAACAUGACUAUGAGGUGGAUGCCAAUCAGGAACUGAUGGCAUAUGGAAUAUCAACAGUGGUUUCUUCCUUCCUGUCGUCUGCUGCACCUUCUGCUUCUCUCUCUAGAAGUUUGGUACAGGAAAGAGUUGGAGGCAGAACUCAGGUUGCUGGUUUGGUUUCCUGUUGUCUGCUACUAGUUGUGUUGUUGGCCAUAGGACCUUACUUCAGAACAUUGCCUAAUAGUGUGUUAGCUUCAAUCAUCAUAGUUGCUCUCAGAGGGAUGUUUCUGCAAGUCCUUGACCUUAAAAAACUUUGGCGUGUUUCCAAGAUAGAUUUUUUUGUGUGGAUUGUGGCAUUUGUAUGUACAGUGCUGCUGGAUGUUGACCUUGGCCUUGGUGCUGCUGUCGUCUUCAACCUUCUUACUGUAGUCUGCCGAAGUCAAAGGCCGUAUGCAUGUUUGGUAGGACAGAUGCCAGGUACAGAUUUAUACAGGGAUAUGAAUGUAUACCAGGAGGCAAGGGAAGUACCAGGAGUUAAGAUAUUCAGGUUUGAGCAUUCCUUAUUCUUUGUGAACACUGAACACUUUAGAACACUUCUCUACAAGAACACAAUUAACCCAAGAACACUCAGAAUUGCUCAGAAGAAGAGAGAAGCAAAAAUGGAGAAAAUGAAGAAAAAGGAUCUGGUUAUUGUUGGAGAAGAGGUACCAGAUGUUACAAUACCAGCUGAUGCAUUUGACAUGGAGAUAGAUAGUUCUGGAUCAGUGAAGAUCCCCAUUGAAAUGAAACCUAAAGCUCCAUUAGAUGUGGACUUUCAUACUAUCAUUUUUGACUGUUCUCCGUGGAGUUUUGUGGAUUCUAUGGGUGUUAAAGUUCUUUCUUCAGUGAUUGGAGAAUAUAAAGCAGUUGGAGUUAAAGUUAUAUUGGCAAACUGCAAAGCUGGAAUAAGAGAGAUGUUCCAGAAAACAAAGUUUUACGACACCUUGGACCAUUCCAAUAUAUAUGUUUCCCUACAUGAUGCCGUGAUACAAGCCCUACACCUUGAAACUCCUCCUCUCUCAAUACAGGCUGAUACAUCAGAACAUGGCGCAAGUAUGGCAGACAAGGACGACUCAGUCGAGGACUACAAUCUCGAUUUUAUUGAUGAUGAGUCGGUUAAAGGGAAAAGGAAGCAGGGAUCUAAAAGCAGCUCAACCAAAGCAUGAUAAACUAUAUUAUAUAUCAGUAAUGUACAUGACAAUACAAGUGAUUCAGGAGGAAUGUGUAGAAUUUUGCACUAGAUGUACAAUAGAAUUAAAAGUCUUUAGAACAGCACAGCAUCUGGUUGCUAAGGAAACCUUGUUGGUGAGGUAACUUUGUGGCUGUGGAGAUCUGGUUGUUAAGGAGAAUAUGUGUCAAAAACAAAACUAUUCCAAAAUGUUGUGGACAUUUAUGAUUUAUAAGUUUUAAAGCAAUAAUGUGGAGAAAACAAGCUAUAUAUCUCAAUACUUUAUUGUCUGUGAAAUAUGUAGAUACGGAAUAAUUUGUGGUGAAGUUUCCAGAAUUGUUGUUGCAUGUUCACUGUAAUGGCACUGCAACCAAUAUAUUUAUAUAUAUAUAUGUAAGUGAAAGAUCUCAAAAUAUUUAUAGUCAUCAGUACUUUUUUAAACUGUGAAAUUAUCAAAUUUCUCUUGCAUAAAAUUUUGUGAUUUGACUAAGAGACAUGAAUUGGCGGAGUUUAAAUUUUAAGAUCAAAUUAAUGGAAAAUUUGCUCUUUCAUCAGAUUUUAGUUUUGUGGAUUAACAUAACCAUGAACCUCACGAAAAUUAUUCCCCUUCAAAUAUCAAUAAUUUGACAGUAUUUGCAUUAACCAGAAUGUUGACACAUGUAACCAUGUAUAUCAAACAGUGCAGGUGAAAAUUAAAUCAAAGUAAUGUGAGAUUGUAUGACUGGAGAAUUUAAUCAGGGAUAUAUGUUGAUUGUGUGUUGUUUUUACUAUCUGUGGCUGUAUUGCCUGUGUUACUGACUUGAUUCGGCAGAACUUACCUCUAAUGUUUGUGGUAAAUAAGUAUUUUUGUAGGUUUGUCACUUUGAAUGGAGACUAGAUAUUGCCUGUUGUAAAGUACUGGUCAGAAGUAACAAUUUCAGCAGAAGAAACAAACUGUACUGUAAAACCGGAAAUGUUCGCGAGGGUUUAAUUUUCGCUAUAUUGACGAGGCCUUUUAUCUCGCCAAAAUUAAUCCUCACCUAAAUAUUCACCAUUAGUAUAAUUCAAAUUCAAGUAGGAUACCAUUUUUACAAUUUGGCGAAUAUUAAACCUCAAGAACAUACUCAAAAUUUCAAACUCGCGAAUUUUUUACCCAGCGAAAAUAUGUGAUUUUACAGUAUUUAACUUGAGAGUCAAAAUGAGUGGAAUCGCAUCAUUAAUUGAAUAUGUUGCUCAGUAAAGUCAUUAGAAUUGGAUGAUACACAUGGGAUGUACAGUGUAGUCUGAAUUAAUCAUUUGGCAGUAGAUUGAUACAUUUAUUUUCCUGCUUUUAGUCAUUCCCUGUAGUGCCUGAUCUUGUUUUUACUUCAUGUAUGUAAACUAUAUUCAUAAGGUACAUUCAUAUGGUGCAAAGUCAUUAUAUUAUUUAUUGUGUAUGUUAAAUGUUCAGCUGAGUCAUAGGUCAUCAGAGGAUUUCUUUAUUUUCCUUUUUGAAUGAUUUCUCAUAUUUCUGAACUUGAAGACCUAUUUUUUUUCUAAAAUUCAGUUCCUUUUGUUCUAUAUUUUUGGUUGUUAAAGGUUAUCUUCAUUAGAGAAUGGCAAAUCUUCUUUUUGCUAUGUUCUCUUUGUUUGCCCCACAAAGUAAAUGAAGUUUUUUAUUUAAUACAAGAUAACUUUAACAAUUAUUUUACCUUUCAAUCUAAAAUUUUACUUUUUUUUAAUAACAUCAGCCCAGUCUGGUCAAUUUAUACCCCUUUUAGGGAAGUCUGGACUUUUUUAAAAAGACCAUUAAAAUGAUUGUAUUUUUGGUGAAUAGAUACAUUUUUUGAAAAGUUUCCUAUAUUUUUAAUAAAAAUCGUUAAGGAGGACCUCUGUGACCAAGAGGUUAAGGUUGCUGGCUUGAAUCAGUUGUCCAUCAUUGCUGGGAGUUUGCAACCUUGGUUGAUGUGUGGAACUCUUUCAUGUUGCGAAGCUUUUCAUAGACCUUACCGAAGGUUGUUGUUUCUGCCCAUGUGCCUGCCCAUGCCAUAAAAUAGUGCCAGAAGGGGCACCUGGGGUCUUCAUCCACCAUCAAAACCUUGAAAGUAGCUAUAUGACCCAAAACAAUUUUCAGUGUGAAGUUAAACCCAACAAACCCUAUGACUUUAAUAAAAAUUCCUAUAUUUCUACCUGUAUUUUUGGAAGAAGUGGUUGAUGACCAGAAAAUAGGAUUGUUUUAGUGUAUUUUACUAUCUGAUUUUUAUUUUCGUUGAAGUACUAGCAUUUUGAGCAUGUUUGAUAGUCAAAUACUGUUUUUAAUUGUUUUAAUGUGAAAAUGGUAAAAAGAAUCAACAAAAUGUCUUUUUUUUCUACAGCCCAUUUAAAUGAGGAUGAAAUAUUUGAUAAUCAAAAAUUGAUUUGAGAUGAAGUUUGGAAAUUCUUGUGAAACUGAUAAUGCUAAAUACUCUGUUUUUUAUUUACAGAAAAUAUUAGAGGUACAGAUUGAGCUUUGUUCUGACUUUAAACAAUGGUUGUCUUGCCCUUAAAAACCCUCUGCAGAUAAUGCUGUAAUUCAGUUAAAGAUUGUUAAAAAUAAUUACAUACAAUACCAUACUAUAUCUUACAUUUCAAACCCGCCCGCUUAGCUCAGUAGGGAGAGUGUCGGUCUACGGAUCGCGGGGUCGCGAGUUCGAUCCUCGGGUGGGGCGAAUGUUCUCUGUGACUAUUUGAUAAACGACAUUGUGUCUGAAAUCAUUAGUCCUCCACCUCUGAUUCAUGUGGGGAAGUUGACAGUUACUUGCGGAGAACACUCAACAGGUUUGUACUGGUACAGAAUCCAGGAACACUGGUUAGGUUAACUGUCCGCCGUUACAUGACUGAAAUACUGUUGAAAAACGGCGUUAAACUCAAAACAAACAAAACUUACACAUUUCAUUUCCCUUCAAGCAUCUAUCACAAUAUAUGUUUGAUUUCCAUUUAUGCUUUCAAGUUUUAUUUUACAUUUUAUUUUAUAGACGUAAACAUCAUGUUCACCAGUUUUAGAAUCUGUGGUAGUCUUUAAGUUACUUUUUAGCUUGACUUUUUGAAGAAAAUGUAGAGCUAUUGCACUCGCCCCAGCGUUGGCAUCAGCGUUGCUGUCGCCGUUGGUUAAAAUUUUUGAUCGAGUCAAAUAUCUCUGUUACUAUCAGAACUAUUGACUUGAAACUUAAAAAAGUUAUCCACUAUCACAGUCUACACCAGAAGAAACAAUCCCCGUAACUCUGAUUGAAUUUUGACAGAUUUAUGCCCCUUUUUAACUUUGAAUUUUUUUGUUAAAGUUUUGAUAGAGUCAGAUAUCUCCGUUUCUAUCAAAGCUUUUGACUUGAAACUUAACAUAUUUAUUUUCUAUCAAAGUCUACACAAGGAGAAACAACCCCCAUAACACUGAUACCCCUAUAACACUGAUAUGAAUGUUGACAGAGUUGUGCCCCUUUUUAACUUAGAAUUUUUUGGUUAAAGUUUUAUGUAACGUCCAAUAUCUCUGUUAUUAUCAAAGCUAUUGACUUGAAACUUAAAGUAGUUAUUUACUAUACACCAUAUUUAUUCCCAUAACUCUGAUUAGAAUUUUGACAGAUUGAUGCCUUUUACUGGCAAAGCUCUAAUUCAGAGUCAGGAACUGAGAGUGUGCUGUCCUACAGACAGCUCUUGUUUACAAAAGAAAGCUUCUGUUAUUGUAUAUCUGUAAAUAAGUUUUAUUCAGUAAAAAAACUUGAAAAUUGACAGAUUCAGUUUUAAACAAAAAAUGUGUACAGUUCAAAAGUAAUACCGGUAUUUUUGCUGGUAUUGUUGUCUUGAUUUUUCAGAACAAAAAGAAAUUUAAGCCUUUUAUUUGAUCUCACUUGGUUUAAGUGCCAUAUAGAUGAUAUUUUAGUUAAUUUUAUAGAUUGUAAACAAAUAAUUUUCUGAACAGUGGUUUUCCAGUGAUAAGGAUGAGAAAGAAGGGGGAGAUGUUAAUCUGAAACCACACUGAGGUCAUAACUGUAUCUCUUUGUAUGAUGCCAAGAUCCUAUGUUUUAAAACUGAGUUUGAAAACCAGUCUCAGUACUCGAGCAUUUGAUUGGUUGUUUUUGAGCAUAGAUUUCAAAUUGACCAAUGGCAAGGCUUCUGUCAGAGACUGGUACUCUCAAAAGUCAGUUAUGUAACAUUGGGACCAGUACUGUUUUUUUUUCUGAGGAAGAAGGCUCAAAGUGAUUAAAACAAGUGUUAAGUUUUCUUCUCGAUCAAGGUAAAAUAAAUUGCAGUACAUUGUACUAACAGUUAGCAGCUAGUCGAUCCCUUGCUUGACCCAUAUAUAUAUAUAUAUAUAUAUAUAUGAACCUACAUUGUGCAUAAACAGGAAAAACUGUCUUUAAAAUACAUAUUUUACUAACUAGUAUGCAAAAUUUACUUUUUUGUUUUCUUUAUGUAUGCAAAUAUUACCAAAGUUUUUAAUAAAAAAUUCUCAUUCAAAAUGUAGAAAAAAAUCUUAUCGAUACGUUUUGAAUGUGUUUUACAAACAGGCCAAAUCAAAUUACCAAAAGGGAUAAAAAGAUGAAAAUUGUCACACAUUUUUUUUUUGUACAUUGUAGUUGUAUUUAAUGUUUUGUUGUAAAUAGUCGUCAAGACAUGCACUAUAGAUCAAAGCUCUAUCAUACAGACACAGAAGAUAUGUACAUUUUGUAUCAGUUUUGGACAUGUUUAUUGUUACAGAUAUAUAAAGUGUUUUUAUACCUG